AUGCCUCGCUUUGACGACGCUGAUCUCGGUGUUGACCCCACUGCUCCCACCCACAGAGAACAUCCUGGCAGCAGCACUCUGCCUAUCCCCAACGAUGCGGGUAACACUGUUGAGAUUCCUGCGACCCGAAGCUCCAUCAGUGAUGCAGCUCAGUUCAUGCACAACCUGAGUCUGGCUCCCUCGACGCGGGAACGUCGUGGUUCUCGUAACUCCUUCGGCACCUCUCUCCCGAUCCCCCGUUCCCCCCGGAUUUCUCGCCUGUCAUCCGCGGUCACUGGUGGUGCCUCCGUCUCUCGUGACAUCCUGGCCUCCCAGGUGCAGGACAUGUCCAAGGAGAAGGUCGCAGCGGCAAAGAACAUGGCCUUCGCCUUCGAUAUUGACGGUGUCCUGGCCCACGGCAACGAGCCCAUCGAGGAGGCCAAGGAGGCGCUGAAGAUGCUCAAUGGUGACAACGAACUGGGCAUUAAGAUCCCCUACAUCCUGUUGACCAACGGUGGUGGAAAAACGGAAGAGGCCCGUUGCCAGCAGCUCUCGGAGAUCCUGGAGGUCCCUAUCUCCACCGAUCAAUUCAUCCAGUCCCACACCCCAAUGCAGGCAUUGUCUGAGUACUACGAUACGGUCCUGGUUUGUGGUGGCGAGGGGCAGAAGAUCCGUGAAGUCGCCGAGAACUACGGCUUUAAGAAUGUCGUCCACCCGAAGGACAUCCUCGCAUGGGACCCCACCGUGUCGCCCUGGAGGUUCUUCUCCGAUGAAGACCGUGCUGAGGCCAAACCCCGUGACUUCUCCAAGAUAAAGUUUGACGCUAUCCUCGUCUUCGCCGACUCCCGUGACUACGCUACCGACAUGCAGUUGAUCAUUGACCUGCUGCUGGCCGAGGACGGCAAGAUGCUUACCCGCGCCAAGGACCCUGUUUCUUCCCGCAUUCCCGUCUACUUCUCGCAGGGUGACCUGGUCUUCCCUACGGAUCACAAGGGACCUCCUCGUCUGACCCAGGGGGCCUUCCGUAUUGGAAUUGAGGCCCAGUACAAGGCCCUCACCGGUGUCGACCUGGAGCGUGUUGUCUACGGCAAGCCUGAACGCGCCACCUACACGUAUGCCGACGAGGUCCUCCGUUCUUGGAUGGAGCAGAUCCACAAUGAGAACCGCCUGCCGCAGAAUGUGUACAUGGUUGGCGACAAUCCGGCUUCUGACAUCUGCGGUGGAAACAUGUACGGAUGGAACACCUGUCUUGUCCGCACCGGUGUGUUCCAGGGUGCGGUAACCGACAACGACACCAACAACCCGGCCAACUUCGGUGUGUUUAACAACGUUUUGGAGGCGGUUAAGGCGGCGGUCCGCAAGGAACUAGGCCAGGAGUUCAAGUUCAAGUGGAACCCCAAGGUGAACCCAGUGACACACGGUGACGGCGCUUCCGCUGUUGAGUAA